AUGAUAAAACCAAUACACAUCAUUUCACAAUAUAGAGUCAGCGACUCUCAGCUACCGGCACGUCGAUUGAGUGCUACUGCCGCAGGAACCAUCGAGGGGCCCGAGCUGGCGGCAAUGCUCGUGAGGCACCAUCCUCACCAUUCGUUACAAAUAGAAGCUGCUGCAGGCGAGGGUCCAGGGCCGCCGGUGAACAACAACAGCGACGGUGCAGUGGCCAGCACGCCCCGAGACGACAACCACAACCCUGGACAGCCGCCCCCGGCCACAGCCCGCGCUGCGCCACUCACGCCCGCCGAAGCACUGAAGCUGUACGGCGAAAGACUAACGGAAUGGGAGAGGAACGAGAUAAGGAAGUACCCUCAGAUCUGGUUCCUUGGCUUGGAGUCCAACAAGGUACAGGCUAGGUCCAACCUGCCUAACAAUUGCGGGUUCGACGAUGAAAACGGGAGUUAUAACAAGCAAAUCCACGACCACAUCGCGUACAGAUACGAGAUCCUCGAAAUAAUAGGGAAAGGUUCGUUCGGGCAAGUUAUCAGAGCUCUCGACCAUCGCACCGGUGAGCAGGUAGCGAUCAAAAUUAUCAGGAACAAGAAGCGCUUCCACCACCAGGCCCUGGUUGAAGUCAGGGUGUUGGAUCACCUCCGAUUGAAAGACAAGGACCAGUCGCAUAACGUGAUCCACAUGCUGGAUUACUUUUACUUCAGGAAUCAUUUAUGCAUUAGUUUCGAAUUAAUGAGCAUCAACUUGUACGAGCUGAUAAAGAAGAAUAACUAUCAGGGCUUCAGUUUGAGCCUCAUCAGAAGGUUCGCUAGCUCGUUACUGCGCUGUCUUCGGCUCCUCGAAGCUGAGAACAUCAUACACUGCGACUUGAAACCGGAGAACAUCUUGCUGAAGGCCAGGGGCAGUUCCUCCAUCAAGGUGAUUGACUUCGGCAGCUCCUGUUACACAGACGCUCGUGUCUACACAUACAUACAGUCGCGAUUCUACCGGAGUCCCGAAGUCAUACUAGGGUUGCAGUACGGACCGGCCAUUGAUAUGUGGAGUAUGGGGUGUAUCCUUGCGGAACUUCACACGGGCUAUCCCUUGUUCCCGGGAGAGAACGAGGCCGAACAACUAGCCUGCAUCAUGGAGCUGCUCGGACCGCCUCCACCAGACCUGCUAAUCCACGCUACCAGAAAGAGGCUUUUCUUCGAUUCGAAAGGUUCUCCUCGAAGCGUGACGAACUCAAAAGGAAGAAAACGCAGACCCGGGUCAAGGACUUUAGCGUCGGCCGUCAGAACCGAAGAGCCGGCCUUCCUGCACUUCCUCCACCGGUGCUUAGAAUGGGAUCCGAAGCGUCGUAUAACACCAACGGAGGCGUCCCGCCACGAGUUCGUGACCGGCUGUCCUCUGGGAAGUACACCCUCGGGAGUCCUCGCGUUACCACGUCUCGCCCCGCCACGGCCAACACGCGGGGCGCUACUGCACUCUCAGUCUGCCGGCGACGUGGCUGCGAUGCUCGGCCGCGCGUGACCCAAGCCCUGAGUUAGGGCCAGAUCAGGCCUCCCUUGACUCACUGUCAGGUUUCAUUCAACGAGGUCGUAGACAUAAUUGAGCUCUAGGAUAUGGUCUAUUGAGUGUGAAUUUUUAUUUAAACUUUCGAUCAAAGAGUAAAAGGAAUUAACAAUAUUUAAAAUUCGUCGUUUGUCUUAGAAUUGUUGAAGUCCGAAGUAAAGAAGCAAAUUGCGAAUUUAAAGCAGAUAAUUCUGUUAAAUCUCUUAUCGUCUUCGUUAUUAUGUUAAAGUAUAUUUUGGUGCGUAAGAUACAGUUAUGAUUGCUAUAACAGCACCUACUCUGCCUCGGUACAAAAUAAGAGUUGAAAGUUCGUUAGCAGGUUUAUUUAGAUGACAUACUUGUUAUUAUUCUAACACAUCGUAAACUUGUUUCUCAAACUGUGUUCUGAAAAUAUUCGUAUUGGAUCUUUAGACGAGUUUGUUUUGUCGCGUUAGUUCAUGGGAAUAGACAUGUACAUGUACAGAAACGGAGUGAUUUCUUUAAACUUUCUAUUAAUCUUUUACCCUAGCUAAGCGUUGGUAGCCUAAGUGGCUAUUCCAACUUCUCACGGACCAGUGAGCUCACGGGCUCAACCUGAGAGAAUUGCUAAGGGCAAGAAGAGACCCAAGCAAGAGCAGUGCUUAGCUGAUUCUACGACCAGAUCGGAAUCGCGACCCACUGAGAAGGUACAGCGAGAAACUCAGUUGGUUGACUUAUAUCUAAACUAGCAACGUAUUAGUUUAAAUAUGCAAAUCAAUAGAUUAAUAGAUUUUUUCAUCGUGUUACCGUACCCAGACUAUCCUCUUAGAUACCAAUGUUAUAGUACCACAUGCUGACAGCACAAUGUGAUCUUGAUAUUCUUGUUCUAAACUAAUUCUAUGUCAAUCGGAUCUUCCCUUCAUUAAUUUCUGGAUAAACACGAAAUGGAAAUUCUUCAUGUUUGAAUGGUGUUGUCAUUUCGCUCUAUUUAGAUUCUAUUCCGGCGAUGAUUGGACGCGCGAGAUUUUAUUCAGGUAUUUCGUUAAAAUUUAGCUAAGGCAUUCGUUAUUUUAGUAAUACUACAAUAAACGUAAGCCAGUUCGUGUGGUGAUUUUACAAAAAUAUUUUUUAGAAUAUAAUUAAAAUCCACAGAUUUCGAUAACACUGAAUUGUUUUUUUUUUCGGUGGCAAACUUUUUGUGAUUAACAUAGGUACUGCUAUAACGAACUACAAAAAUUUUGAGAAAUGAAUAUUUUAAUUCACCUAUGAUUUAUUCCUAAUCAUGACCGUUUUUGUUGAAUGAGUCGAGAGUUCAACGCAAUUUGAGAACAUAAAUCCGUUUUGUUUUCUCCACCAUCUUGACUGACAAACGUUUUGUUUCCGCUUCUAGAAAUCUUAAUCUAAAUACACCCCUAUUUUUUAAUUAGUACAAAAAAUUUUACUGGGCUCUAAGUAUCUCUAACUAAUCAUAUUUGUGUAGUUAAAAAAUAAAAAACACUAAGUCUCAAAACAGUCCACAAAAAUACGUAAUAACUGGUAAAUGCUAAAUAAUUAUAAAAAAAAUCAAUCAAUGACCGAUAGUAGGUACGUGCGGCGGGGUUUGGGUACCUACGGGGCGCUGCUCCAUUGAUAAAUUCUGGGAAACUCAAGUCGAAGCCCACCAACCACCCCUUGUCCCUCUGCGCCCGCGCCGCGCCCCGACGCAACAACGACAAAAAACAGUGCUAAAUUGUUAUCGGAAGUGUGCGCAUGCUUUUUUUCGUUGCAACAGUUGUUUGUUUAAGUUUUCCCUGACGCGAUGGCUUAUCAGUUCACAUCACGGGAGUAUGUAGCUAUGCUUCGUGCGUACUUUUUGAGUCGAGAAAACGCUAGUGCAGCUGUACGUAUGUACAGGGAAGACACCCAAACGCUCGACAGCCAAAUGUGCGAACCGUGGUAAAUGCUUACCAGCGUUUACAAGAUCGCGGUUCAUUCCACGCACGGUCACCUACGUACGUCAAGAACGAGGAAGACCGGCGUUGUCACAAAAUCUGUACGACGAUGUACUAGCGUAUUUUGAAGAGGAUCCCCGGCGGAGUACAAAUGACGCUGAUCGACGGUUUAACAUCAGCCAGUCCUGUGCCUGGAAGAUUAUUAAUAAGGCUGGAUUACAUCCAUAUCACUACAGGAAAUCUCAAGAAUUAACGCCCAUGGACUUCUUUUUGUGGAGUGAAAUUAAGAGACGUGUGCACAGAAGCGAGCGAAUUAGGCUCGAACGAUUAAAACAGCGCAUAUUGGACGCUAUUCACGAAGUGAAAAGAUAGAGAAGCGUACUUCUCUCGUUAAAAACAAUUUAAUGAAACGAGCCCGUCUGUGUAUUAACAAUAGUAGCGGACAUUUCGAAGGACAAUUGAAAUACUUGUAAGUUUAGUAAAUAAUACCUAUGUAAAUAAUUAUUGUAAAUAGCACCUGAUUCUAACUUCAUAAAUAUGCCAAAAUUUCUCUUUUCUUUUAGUACAGAAUACCUUAUUUUAUUGUAAUAUUUGUUUAUUGUUUUCUAAUCACAUACGUAUUUAAUUAAUUGUAAAAAGGUAAUUUUGCCGGUCCUAAGCCCGGAUGAAUAUGACGGAGAGGUUAGAAUUUAGAAAAUUAAAUAAAGUAGGUAACUACAUCACAUGUUCUUUUGUUUCAUUUUAUUGUCUAAGGCCAUCUACGUCACAAGUGCGACAGUACGAAUGCGAAUGAGUAGGAUGGAAUACCAUCAAUGAAGUUCAAUGAACUAAUGAAUGGAUUGUAAAGUAAUAUGUCCAUGAUUUCAGUGAGAUUUUUUACAAUAAACAAAUGAUAAUAACUUUGCUAUUUAAAGGUAUUAUGAGAUUUUUCCGUCACAUAUAUGAUAAUAAUGUCUUCCCUAAUAUGUCCUUAAAAUCUUUGUACUAGUUAUAAAAUAAUGGUGUAUAUUAAAAUAAUGGAUGUAUUUCUUAAAUAUAAAUUUUGAAAAUUCAACUUGCAAAAAACACCGAAGAUGCUGGAUAACAGUAUGAAAAUAACUCUAAAUUUGUACACUAUACACGUUCACAAAUCAAAGUAACGUAUAGUCUACAAUGCGUAACGUUUUGUUUUGACAUAAAACCCGCGAUCGUAAACUGCCAAUGUACCUAUAAAAGUUGUUAGUCAAAAUUGAUAGACAUAAAAAACAAAAAUGAGAUAAUUGAGGCCACAGCAAAACCUUUAUGUAAAGGACCAACAGAAAUCGCUCCUUUAAGAUCAGUGUCUGACCAACUGACAUCUGUUGAAUGUGUGACCGCAAGUAUUAUGGAAUAGCUGAAAAGGUCGUAUUUUGUGUAAUUACUAGAAAACAUUGUCUAGUCAUUUACGAAUUUCUAUAAAUGCCUAUACCAGUAGGUUAUGUAGUCGUUUAUUUAAAGAAUAUUUCGGUAUAUUUGUAAGUUAAUUUGGAAUAUUUAUAAUAAGCAUUGACCAAAACGACUUCGUAACGUUAAUACAAUUUGAAAGAAAGAUAAAAAAAAAAAUUACUACAAAUAAACAAAAGAGAACGUAAAAUAAAACAGAUAACCGAUUGUGGAAUUAACUGUUUUAAAUUAUUUGUAACAUCCACGUUACAUACAUCUCGCAUCGGUCGAUAUUUCGAAACAUUUCGCCUUCGCUGAAAAAUCGUUCCAAAUCUUACGUCCCUUUCUAAUAAUUAGAUUGUUUCUCAAAAUACGAGAUGACCAUACAUCUGUCACGCACUACUUGUUUCAUUACCAAGAAACGAUGCUAAAUCAAUUUUGAAAUCUUUAACGAUGUUGCGAUCUGUUUUUGGUAACUCUAAGUUACAAUAUUCGAUUAAUAGAAUCGAUUAGUUGGAACUGCAGCUAAAGUCGUUUAGUUUUAGCGCAUUUAUAUAACAUAUAAUAGCCAUCUUAAAAUUAGACUAUAAUAUGUCCUAAUUUUAAUAAAAUUUUGGUCGAUUAAACAAAGCGUUCUUUCUGCAUUACGUUUUUGGCCUUGUUUACGAAUACGGAAUACGGAAUCUAUACUUUAAAGUUUUGCGAAAUUUAUUAGUUGUUCUGUAUUUGUAAUUUACAACUCUGCUGUUGUAACAUUUCUAACAUUACACGUACAAACAUACCAAUACGAAGUCUAAAUAUUACAAGUAAUCUAUAUAAAUAAAAUAAAACUAACGUCUCGUUAGUAAUCGUAUAAGUUGCGAACGCCUCGGCCCUAUCGACUGACAAUUUUUUGUCAUAAAAUCUUCAUAUGACCAAAUGAGGAUCUUAAAGAAAAAAUAAUUUGAAAAGGACAUCGGCCGGAUCAGCUAGUGAUAUAUAAAUGAUAAAUGUUUUUAAAUUGGUAUUGAAAGUGAGGGUUCUAUUAGUUUCCCGCAAAGCCAGUUGUGGUAUAAAGAUGGUACGGCGUAUAUUAAAGUCAUUGUUCAGAAUAUAUUUUCUCUUGAAUUUAAUAAAACUCCUUAUAAAAUCCUCAUUUUCCAGCAAAAUUUUAAUUUUGUUAAUGCAAAAAAUCAAUUAUCAAGUAAUGCAGUUUUUUGAGUGUCUUAAUAUUAAGAAAACUCAGAAUAAUAUUCUAACAUUUACAUUUUAACUAAAACAAUUUUAUAAUUACAUCAUGAAACAACCGAAAUUAAUUCACUACUAAUUGACGAGUCCCUUUUUAUAUUUAAACUAACGAAUUAUUUUAAAUAAAUAAAUAAUACCGAUCAAACACUAAUAAAAAUGGACGAGUAGUAAAACUAUCGAUUAAUAUGUUAAUAUAUGGAAAAGGUGACAAAUAAAUAAAUGCAAAAGAUUUCCGUUAACAAUACGCGUUACGUAAUUACUUUUAUUCAUAAUUCGAUUAUUUUUAUACUUAAUCAACUGAUUAAGUAUAAAAAUCGACUAAUAAGUCUUGUAAUUUAUGUUGGUCAUUAAAAGCUUGUUUAUUUAAAGAAUAUUGUCCUAAUUGGUGAGUAAAUCAACCAAUAUCACAAUUCAGUAGGAUAGCAAUGCGGUAGAUCAUUACAUGUUAGAUACUGGGCAGAGAAAUUUUGUAUAGAUAGGCCUAUUUGAUAAAUAUUGGCGGUAUAUGACGAAAGCCUUUCAGAGAAAAAGCCCGACGAGCUUUUCGGAUCUCGGGCAGAACCUACAUUUUUAAUCCUAGUUCUCUCCUUAAUACAAGAUCGAAAAUGAAAGUUGUUAUUAUUGCAUACCAAGGUAAUGCCAAUAUAAAUUAUUCUUGAUAUAUAGUACCCACUAGAGCCUAAAAAAUCGUAUUUAUUAACCACGAGGUUGCCAGUUUUGAAAUAUCUACAGCAGAGUAAUGAGGCUUUACGUAUAAUAACAAAUAUAUACUUACAAAUGACCACAGCAUUCUGUUGUCAACAAUCACAAUCGAUGAUCGUAACGGCGAGCCAAAUUAACGAUAGUGUUAUUUUGGUCCUACAUUGUAUUGGAAAAAGCAUAUUUUACUGCAGCAUACAGAACAAUAUUAACAAACAAUUUCUCGGUCAAUUUACAAAUAUUAUAAGUUUAUUAGAUUACUACAAAAACGUGUCGCUUGCCUAACAAUCCGUGAUGACAAAUAUUUUGAUAGUAUUGCGAGAAUAAGCGUGAGUUCGGAACUUAUUACCGUAAUUUUUUUCCCCUACCUGGUACUACGCUGGUAGCCUGUGGUGCUAGUGGGUAUCCCAGCUACACGCGGACGGGUAACUGAGCUCAUGGACUCAACCUGAGAGAGUUUGCUAACACUAGCCCUUGCAAGAGCAGUGCUUCGCAGAAUCAACCAGCGGAUCGGAAUCGCGACCCAUUGAGAAAAUCCGGCGAGAAACUCGGUGGGCUGUGUGUAUUUUCGCUCAUCGAACUCUUGGUCGUCGACGACGAGUUCGACGAGGACGACACCCUUAUAAAUCACGGGUAUAUGCACUUAACUCUAGAUUUUUGUUGUAUUUAUUAUAUACCUUCUAACACAGCCUUUCCCAAAGUGGGCCAUAACGCCCCCUUGUGGGCGCUGCAGGCCUAAACGGGGGCGGUAAGAGACCCAGAAAAAAUGGGGGUGUUGCGUAGAAGCUUGGGAGGUGAUUUUUAUUUGCAUCUAGGACUCUUAGACGCCGACUCAGCUCUCGCUAUAGUGGUUUUUAAGUAGAUGAAAAAAUGGGGGUGCUAAAAAUAAUUAAUUCUCAAAGUGUAGUCUCAAAAUAAGUUUGGGAGCCCCUGUUCUAACAGAAAGGAAGCCCCCUACCGAACUUUGUCAACCAUAAGUGGGUACACGCCCUUAAGGUAGAUAUAAUAAUGGAUAAUAAUCGACUGAAUAUUAUUACACUAGAUGGUAUACGCCUUGUCAUAUCAUAAAUGAAAUAUAAGAAACAAAAUGUAUAAUGUUAAUAGAAUCAUUAUUCACGCGUAUAAACAUAAAUGUACAUUAUUUAUCAAAAGAUUUGUAGUUUAAAAAAAUUGAGGUUAAAAAGGUAUACAGUUAUUAAAAUAUACAAUAGACACUGACAUUGUAGACAGUUUUGUUAACUCUGAAAUCAGUUUGGACUAACAAAGAUACUAUAAGAAUACUUAAACACUGAUCAUCAACGUAAUAUCACACUUAAUAAAGUAUGACAUAACAUUGAUUUUCUCUAAUAAGAAGAAGGCUUGUUUAUAAUUUAUAACACAAACAUAAUUUACCGUUAGAAAUUCGGAACUUUAAUACCUUUAGCAAAUUUACCAGAUAAUAAAUUUACAGUGUGCUAAGUGCGAGUUAUUUAACGUCCUCGAUAGCGUAAAAGUUAACUCAAAUUAAUAAGUAUGGAGUUGGAACAGCGCCCCUAGCGACAAUCACAGGCAAACGCUCCAACGUCAUAGGUACAGUUUUUUUUUCUUUCGGACCGGUGGCCGAACCCCUUUAGUUAACUUUUAUGCUAUCGAGAAAGUUAAAUAAGCACUAAGCACACAGAAGAACAUUAAUGAAAAUCUUAAAGGGAUGCAAAACAUACAGCUAGUAAUCUGAUCGAUACCCACCAGUGAUAUCAUCUGUUAUUUUGGUACGUCUCUAGAAAUACUAACUACUGUGACAUUCUUUAUUGACUUCAGGUCUUUAGUGAUUUGAGAAGUAUUCAAUACUGUUCUUAUUCAUAGAACUUAGCACUCCUGGCCUAAAAACAUCACGAAUCUUAUAACCGUAACGAAAUCACAAUUUUACUCAGAGUGUUUAUUUUUGUAAAUGUUUUCGUCAGUUCUCCAGCGUGGUUUUUGUUCAUGAACAACGUUAGUACUAAUUAUCCCGGUAUGUACAUAAUAAAGAAACAUAAAAAAGACAAAUGCCACAACGCUAAUGAACCUUAAAGAUUUACAACAACGAGUUCUAUGUGCUAUAUAAUUAGUACUUAACGUGUGCUAUCUAUGUAUUUUUUGGGAACUAAAGUGAUACGAACAUCGAAUGCUGUAGUAUUAGUGCGAGAUCUUGAAGACUAGUUAGAUUAAGAGUGCGUCUCGUUCGCACAUGCUGAUUGUAUUUUAUGUGCGAGCAGGUCGGUUAUUGAUGUGUCGAUCUCGCCUUAAAUGUACGAAUAUGAGGAUUCCUUAUAAGUAUUUAUCUGUUUAGAUGUUUAAUCGUAAAAUUUGUCAAAAAAUAGAUGAUUUUAAAAUUUAAUUAUGUUAAUUAAAUAAUUUUCUAAAUAAACUAAUUAUUAUCAUUAUAAACUGAUAUAAAUAUUGUUCGGUAUAAAAAUACGAUGCCAAAUUGUAUAUUAUUAAAUCUCAGUACUAGUGAAAUGUGUGUCUAAUAACAACAAUUCAUGAUAUAUUCUAUUCUUUAAAAUAAAAUUAGAGAAAUUUUUCCUUUAAUAAUAUUUGAUUUCGCUAGCUGAAACGUCUAGUUAUGAAAAUUCAUAUCAAAUAUAUUAAAUCGAAUAUUGGUAAGAUACAAAAAAAAACAAAUCACAGUGAUUGUAACAGUCGGAAUGUCAAACGAUACAAAAUGCGAACACGUUUUUUUUAUAUCAAUUAAUAAUGAAACUAAAUCAAUCAGUAAAUUAAGUUCAAAUUGUCAUGAAUAGCAGCUAGUAUUUACUAUCGUACUAGGUAUAGGCAAAAUAAACUAUAUCGUAAUAUUUAUUAUGUGAUCUCAAUAGUUUAGUCAAAUGAUACUAUAUUCUAGGCAUAGUAUUGUAUAGUGAUUAUAUAAUAACAAUCUAUAUAUUUCGUCUUAGUAUUUGUUACUUUGUCUAUAGUACUGUGUAGUACUGUCUAUAUGUAAAUAUGUGUUAGAUUUAGGCAAAGCCAAAACGUGAAUUGAGAGACAUAUUAUCUGUGAAUACAAUGUCGUAGUUGUAGAUUUAGCCGUAACCAAGACAUAGGGGGGACCACAUUCAUAAAUUGCUUACUGAGUAGAUCCAUAAUUUAAUCUACAUUAUUUCUUCACAGUAAUUGAAUUUAUUCUAGAGAGAGCUAGGUCAUACACUGGCAAUUCAUAAAAUAUAAUUAAAUAUUAAUAAUUACCUAAUAUAAAAUUGACGUUAAACAUAAACUAUAAUUAAAAUUGAAGAUAAUUUUAGACGAUGAGUGUCCAAUUUAAACUCAACCGUAUUUCAUUUAGUUAACAACUAGCGGCACGAUCCGGCUCCGCUCGGGUCUUUAACAAAAAUUUCAACGAUAUUUGACGUUAUUUUAUUUUUUUAAAUCAAAGAACACUUAUUGCGGCAUAAUUAUAAUAGUUAGACAUUAUUAUUAUGCUGUCGCGAUGUAAAGAAUAUUUUAGGUAGUUUUUUUACACCUUGGGUUACAUUAUUAGACUUUUAGUAGGUAUCUCUAAUUUUUUUCAAAAAGGAUUAUAGCCUAUGUCACUCGGGAAUAGUGUAGCUUCCAAACAGUGAAAGAAUUUUUCAAAUCGGUUCAGUAGUUUCGGAGACUAUUCAAUACAAACAAACAAACAAAUCUUUCCUCUUUAUAAUAUUAGUAUAGAUAACAGUCAUUAAUAACAUUGCUAACAGUUAGCCAACUGUGAACAAUCAUUUUAAUUUACGUCCAAUGCGUCUAGAAUUUUUUUUUGGGACGAUUGAUAAUGCUCGGUUAUAUUAAUAUAAGAAUAAUUUUCCAGUUAUAUAAAAUACCAGGCUAAUACGAAAAUACACUAGCAUAAUCUCUUUUAUAAACUGUUCCCCCUCUCUAGAAAUGUGACGGCUUGGUUACGGAAUACAAAUAAAUAAUAUUAUUUAGAAGAUGGUUGUUGUAUAUCGAUGUAUUAAUUCUGAAUUAAUAAAGUUCUUCCAAGCAA